UAGUGUAUUCGUUGUGUUCGCGCAAAUAUUUAAUUAAAAAAGAACUUUGAUUCGUUCUGAACUUUGAUUUUCUGAAAAAAAAAAUGGAAUGGACCAGAGAAAAAUGUUUAGAUCUUAUUGAAUUAUAUGAACGCUAUCCUGUGUUAUGGAAUCCAAAGCAUGAGCAACAUUAUAAUAAAAUAAAAAAAAAUGAUGCCUGGAUAUUGAUAGCUGAAAAAGUAGGAUGUACUUCAGAAGAAGCCAGGAAAAAGAUGGACAUUUUGCUUGCUAGUUUCCGAAGAGAAAAGAUAAAACUUAUCAAAUCGAGGGGUACAGCAAAAGGAACGGAUGAAAUAUAUGUGUCUAAAUGGUUUGGGUUUUCCCGUAUGGUAUUUCUUUUAGAUAGAGAUGAACCGAAAACAGCUAGAGACUCUGUUGAGGAAGUCUAUAUUGAGUCAGUAAAUGAGAAUAAUGAAGAAGUGAAAGAAACUUUAACUAAUUUUACAAUUAAUGAAGCAGAAUUGCAGAUACCAUCGCCAGAAACUAGUAAAAGUAAAAGAAAAGCUACUGUAGCUGUAACAUCGGCGACUCCAAUGCGAAAACGAAAAAGGCAAUCUAUAUCAGAAGAUACAGAUAGGAGAUCUUCAGAUGAUGCUAAGGUUGAUGAAGCCUUGGGAAUUUUAAAAAUUGUUGCAUAUAAUGUAACAUCAGACGCAUGUGGUGUCUACGGGCAACAUGUGGCUUUUAAGCUAAGAAGCUACACGAGAACAACGAGAAACAUAGUAGAACAUCACAUAAAUAAUAUAUUAUUUAAGGCUGACAUGGGACACUAUAGUUAUACAGUGACUCCUCCCGUACAUCAUCAAAGUAUUCCACAAUCUCCAUCUGCAUAUUCCAGCCAAGCUACUUCAAACCAGACACCUUUACCUACCCCUUCCCCACAACAUCAAACCGCUUCGGCACAUUCUGUAAAAUUCGAAGAUUUUGAUAAUUGGUAA